AUGAGGAAGGCAGACGUCCGGAAGGGCGUUCCCAGGGCGUUCCCAGGGCGUUCUCAGGGCGUUCUCAGGGCGUUCUCAGGGCGUUCCCAGGGCGUUCUCAGGGCGUUCCCAGGGCGUUCUCAGGGCGUUCUCAGGGCGUUCCCAGGGCGUUCCCAGGGCGUUCCCAGGGCGUUCUCAGGGCGUUCUCAGGGCGUUCUCAGGGCGUUCUCAGGGCGUUCUCAGGGCGUUCCCAGGGCGUUCCCAGGGCGUUCCCAGGGCGUUCCCAGGGCGUUCCCAGGGCGUUCUCAGGGCGUUCUCAGGGCGUUCUCAGGGCGUUCCCAGGGCGUUCCCAGGGCGUUCUCAGGGCGUUCCCAGGGCGUUCUCAGGGCGUUCCCAGGGCGUUCCCAGGGCGUUCUCAGGGCGUUCUCAGGGCGUUCUCAGGGCGUUCUCAGGGCGUUCUCAGGGCGUUCUCAGGGCGUUCCCAGGGCGUUCUCAGGGCGUUCUCAGGGCGUUCCCAGGGCGUUCCCAGGGCGUUCUCAGGGCGUUCUCAGGGCGUUCUCAGGGCGUUCUCAGGGCGUUCUCAGGGCGUUCCCAGGGCGUUCCCAGGGCGUUCCCAGGGCGUUCCCAGGGCGUUCUCAGGGCGUUCUCAGGGCGUUCUCAGGGCGUUCCCAGGGCGUUCCCAGGGCGUUCUCAGGGCGUUCCCAGGGCGUUCUCAGGGCGUUCCCAGGGCGUUCCCAGGGCGUUCUCAGGGCGUUCUCAGGGCGUUCUCAGGGCGUUCUCAGGGCGUUCCCAGGGCGUUCUCAGGGCGUUCCCAGGGCGUUCUCAGGGCGUUCCCAGGGCGUUCUCAGGGCGUUCUCAGGGCGUUCCCAGGGCGUUCUCAGGGCGUUCCCAGGGCGUUCCCAGGGCGUUCUCAGGGCGUUCUCAGGGCGUUCUCAGGGCGUUCUCAGGGCGUUCCCAGGGCGUUCCCAGGGCGUUCCCAGGGCGUUCCCAGGGCGUUCUCAGGGCGUUCUCAGGGCGUUCUCAGGGCGUUCUCAGGGCGUUCCCAGGGCGUUCUCAGGGCGUUCCCAGGGCGUUCUCAGGGCGUUCCCAGGGCCUUCCCAGGCCAGCUGA